ACAAUCUGGUGCACGCGGUCGCAGGUGAUUGAUGCGACAGUGCUAUCAGUUCAUCUUCGCAAGGCGAUUGGAGACAUGAACUGGUGGAAUGUCCUGUUCAUUUCCGCCUCAGUGCGAGCGUCAGACGUUGCAUAUCUAGCAAUGGACUUCUUUGCGGUAAGGGGUGUCGACGCUGUUGUCCUGGCCGUAAGUGAUGCUGCCGAAAAGCUUAGUGUCUUCCGUAUCCUAGCGGGAGACGGCCGCUUCCAGGUUUCCAUCCCGGAAAACUCUGCCAGUGCACACACCUUGCUCAAUGUCAGGCACCAGACGAACAUUGGCGUGUUGCUGAAGGGCGGCCAACACAGGCAGCGUUGGCUACAAAAGGCAAGUAUUGUUAUUAAUUGCAGCUUGGGCCAGGAACUCCUUGAAAUUUUUACAACUGAUGUGGGCAGACGUGAUGGGCCAGAAAAUGAGCUCAAAAGUGGGCCUGCACUAGCCAAGCUUCGCUCUUCAAAACGCCUCUCCACAUGGAGAGGCACCCGUUCGAACUAUGGAGACAUGAAAAGUGCUAUCCUCAUAGUUUGUUUUGAUGUUGUGUCGUCUGCUGAGGGCCUCGUGAAGCCUAGAGCCCUGGCGGACGGAAGGUGGUUUAACGACAGCUUCCAUUGGCUCAGCAUCGAGGACGAUGAAAAGUCGUCAGUUGACGAGUGGCCUUUGCGCUUCGACAGCGAGGUUUUCAGAGCUCGACGAACUACUUCUGGAAAUGGGUCCACGUGGGUUUUGGACGAGAUGCUUCGCUCCAAUGCAGAACCAGUGGCGUCGUGGCCCUUCGCCGCCUGGACAGAGCUUGACGGCCUCGUGUCUACCGACAUCAUUCAUUUUGGUGGUGAUCCUCUGGAAGACCACCGAUCUCAACUGAGGCGAGCCAAGCACUACUGGCACCCAGUGGUUCGCACCGCUGUCUUCGAGGAGCACUAUGCCGACCGAGCCACAAUGCAGAAGAUAUUCGAUUUGCCCCCCGAAAUUGUGUUGGCACACCUUAAUUUUCUUAGCAUCGUGACCUUGGCUAUAACUCAGAACACCUUCGAGCUAUUCAACGCAACAGUCAUCGCCAAGGACUUUGUCAAGUCAGGUGAGCUGGAGGUGCCCCCGUCGGGCGUUUUCUCCGGUGCGUCCGGCGCAGUACAGCGCGGCAGUGUGGACUUAGUGUCGACCGGUCUCAUCAUGUCUCUGGACCGCUUGCACCACUUCGCCUUCUCGGCCACAACCUUUGAGCUCAGGAUCGUCGGUCUCUUUCUAGCAGAGGGGACCCUCGGGUCAGUGGACGCUCUCAUCACGCCGUUCCACUGGUUCACGUGGGUGUCUCUCAUCGCCCUGGCUCUUGCGGGGCUGCUGCUGUAUCGGCGCUUCCGCCAAGCCGAGGGACAAGAAAUCUCAUGGAGUGAGAGCCUCAUCGGCAGCGUUGGUUCUCUCACUGGGCAAGGCUUUGGCUCGCCGGGUGACUGGUUCUCCGGGCGCGUGCUGCUUCUGGUUUUCGAGAUCCUCUUCAUGCUGAUACAAGGCUACUACGGAUCGGCCAUAGUCAAGUUCCUCCUCCGCCCGCCGCCGCCGUCCGUGCGAAACGUCGAGGAGCUCCUCCAUUCGCAUUACCCAGUCGCACUGCACGAGUGGUGGCUCAUCAUUCGAGAGUUCGAGACUGCUGCUUCCGGGAUUGAACGUCAGCUCUAUGAGAAGAAAGUAGGACCGCCGCAUGGACUGGGAUACAUGUCCUCUGAAGCACUGGAAAAAGUUUUGAUGAAACCGUUGCACGUGAUCGCUGGUGCUGAGGAGACUGUGUACAAGAGUACACUGAACCUCAACGAAGGGCAGGCAUGCCGUCUGCACGAAAUGGACGUCCUGUCGUCCAAACACAUCGCCCCCAUCAUCCACCGCCACUGUCCCUUCAAGGAGACAAUUUACGCCGGCAACUUGUUGCAACGCGAGCGUGGCAUCUUGCAGCGCGCCUCCCGGAAGUGGGCACAGCCCCGAGCCCAGUGCUCUGGCGGCGGUGCGCACGGCGAGGGCGAGCCAAUCGGACUGGAUCCCGUGAAGCCCGUGGUGGGCGUCAUAGUUUUCGGAAUAAUUGUUGCCCCGGUCAUCGCCUGCAUCGAGGUUGUUACUGGACGGCGCAAAUAAAGGAGCUUAAUGCUUACCC